UCCAUCCAGAAGGGACGGGAGAAGGAGAGAGAAAGAGAGAGAGAGGUAGGAGGGCUAGGAAGGGAGAUUUAAAACCCACCUUAAAACCUGCCUGACACGAAGGACAACGCCACAUAAACACAGCUAGAAAUAGCUAAAGGACGUUAGGGAGGAACUGAAACAUUCGACCUUUUUUCUUCUGCCAGGCUACUUUUCCUGACAUAUCGCGAGAACACUUCGUCGAUUUUUGGCAGAUCUUGGAUUAAUUUUUUUUCUUAACAACGAUGAAUUCCGAAGGUGGCUCAGCUUGCCGAGACAUGGCCCAAGAGACCAACCAGAGCCCGGUGCUUUGUGCCACUGGCUGUGGUUUCUUUGGCAACCCGAGAACCAAUGGCAUGUGCUCCGUCUGCUAUAAGGAUCACCUGACACGGCAGCAGAGCAGCGACCGCAUGAGCCCCCGCAGCCCUAGGGGCUCGGCAGGUAGUCCUACUUUAGAGGCCUCAGCCAUCCAGAGACUAGAAGCCAGUCUAGCCAAGGUUGAUGCCUCCCCUUUGUCUUCGCCAGACAUGUCUAGAACUGUCCAAGGAUCUCUUCCUGUUACUCAACAAAUGACAGAGAUGAGUAUCUCGAGAGAGGAUAAGCCAGAACCCCUAGAGCCUGUUGUAAACCAGCCUGCUGCUUCUAGUCCUUCUCCUGUAGCUUCUUCCAGCAGUGAAGAAGGCAAGGGGGACACCCCUAAACCCAAGAAGAAUAGGUGCUUCUUGUGCCGCAAAAGGGUGGGCCUUACAGGGUUCGACUGUCGCUGUGGAAACCUGUUCUGUGGCAUCCACCGGUACUCCGACAAGCACAACUGCCCCUAUGAUUACAAGGCCGAGGCCGCUGCCAAGAUCCGUAAAGAGAACCCCGUGGUGGUGGCCGACAAGAUCCAGAGAAUAUAGAUUUAACUAAUUUAACAGCAGCAGCGACAACGACAACAACACCUUUGACAAAGACUGGAGAAUGUGUGAAAUGAGCACUGGCAUGAGUUGCCGAGUGAAGAUUGAAAGGACUUGAUUAAUUACAAAAUUACAACCUCAAGAAAAUCUUGGUGAAAAAAAAGAAGAAUCUGUCUGAGGGAGAUGCAUGAAUGAUCACUUUUUCUCCUUUUAUGAUUAAUUCAUUAGUUUGGUUUUAUCCUACUUUCUGUGGUGUGGCUUUGCCGCUGUUAAGUCCUUUAUUUUUUCUUUUAAGAAUAUGUAUUGUCUUAUUAAGAGCAGCCCAGGCUAACUGUCCAGGAUAGACUGUGCUCCUCUCACCCAAACCAGGCGCCAUUUUGUGCCAAACUGUAGACAGCCAUUUUAUCGAGACCCUGUCAUGUGUCAGACACUAGCAGGUCUUUUAAAGCGUCCAGACUCCACAGUAAUAUUUCCCUCAACCUUUUAACUUCUUGCCCUGUGCUCCGUUGGUACUGGAGUCAGUCAGCGUUUGGAGGAGCAUACAACCCCCCACCAUGCACAAGGGGCUUUGUUACCUGUCUCUGUCUUUCCUGGCUUUACCUACCUCACAGCUGCUGUGUUAAGCUUUGUUGUCUUCCCUAUUUAAUUUGUUUUCAUCAGCUCUAACCCCAGCAGAACAAUGGAUCAUCUUGAUAGUCUGCCUCAGUGACCCUCUGAUCAGCAUGUGUGUGUGUUGACUUCAAUCGGUUUGAUUGUGACGAGGCUUUUGUUCCAUUAUAGCUGGAGGUAUCAUGCUAGACAGGGACGAACAAAUUACUCCACGUUUUACUGAAUCUGAACAUUUUCAAUGGACAUAAUGUGUAAAGAAGUUCCCCACCUGACGCCUGGUGCAGGGCCGUGUGGUCUGACGGGGAGGAUGGCACCCUUCCUGUCAGUUUGGUUGGUGAAUUUGAGGAACAAUAAUGAGGGGCAUGAAUGAAUGGGAUAAAUGCAUGAGUCACUCUUCAUCUGCGUAAGUGUUCAAGACAUAUUUGGGAUCACUCAACUUAGGGUUUCAUAUAUUUUAUUAGCGGAGAG